AUGGGGAAAGGGAAAAACACGACAGAAGAUAAUCCGCCCACAACUACUACUGAUUCUACUCCUACUGCGAGAGCAGCAGCAACAACAACAGACGGGGUCAGAGACGACAUCCCCCCUCUAACAACCUACCAAGCCAACGCGAAGAAUGACCGCAUAGACGCCCUGCGGCUUGUCGCCGACAGCGUCGCGCAGCAGCGGCAAGAGGCCAGCAGGGCCGUAAUCUCGCACCCGGCAGUACUGGCCCUCACGACAGCCGUGCUGGCGAUCGUUUUCGGAGCGCUGUACCACGACCGCAGCGACCUGGGGCUGGUGCUGACCACGAUGGCCGGGUGCGUGAUGGCGGGUUUGGCGGGGGUCGGGUACGCGACGAGUGGGUAUCUCGAGCUGGCGGAGCGGACGGGCACGUGGGCUUGGCUGUACGGCCGGGAGAGGGAGAAAUCGGGCGCCAUGAAGGAACGAGAAAAAGAGGAGGAUAUCAUCCUCGUGACGAAAUACGGCGACGAGAUCAUCGGCACGGUCGUGCUGCGUCUGCUGACCUCGGAGCAAAAUUCAGAAUCGUCCAAGUCCAAGAAAUCGAAGUCGAAUGCUAAGUCCAAAGAUCCAGGACCAGGCUUCACAGCUGUCAUCCGCGCCUGGACCGUCAAACGCCGCUAUCGCACCAAGGGCAUUGGCACCGGUCUGCUGGAGGAAGCGGUGUCGCUCUGCAGGAAGAAUUCCUGGGAGGGGCCUGUCUUUGAUGAGCACCAUGCCAAUUCUGUGCGGUUACUGCCGGCGAUGUUUCUUGGGGAUUUGUUUGAGAAGAGGGAGACGAGGGCGAGGCGGGCGUUGGAGAAUGUGAAGAGGAGGUUGUCUUCUUCACCGUCAUAA